AUGAAAGCAAACUUUGCUCAACACCUGUCUAUAUAUAUUGCAGGUUGCAGUGGCUGCCCAGUUGAUCCGUUUGCUCUGUUGUCUGGGAAUAAAGAAGUUUCACAGAUCAUGGCUCCCUGGCCUGAGGUAGAAAAGCCUGAAACCAAUAACUAUAUUGGGGACUCUUCCAAACAAAACCAGAACAUGGCUGGGAAAGAAGGAGAAAAUCAUAAAGGCAAUGUGGCUUCACUUGGAAAUAAAGGGGAAAUUCAGCCUGCGUUUUCCACAAUAGCCUUGAUAGAUGAGACAAGGCCAGAAGAAGAGGACCCAUGGGCUCUGCCGGAACUGCAGGACACUGGGCUCAAGUGGUCAGAACUGGAUAGAAAAGGAAAAAUCAUUCGUGUACUCUACGGGAUAGGGAAGUUUAUUAUGCUACUUGGAUUGCUCUACUUGUUCGUGUGUUCUCUGGAUGUGCUGAGCUCUGCUUUUCAACUGGUAGGAGGUAAAGCAGCAGGGGACAUUUUUCAAGAUGAUUCAGUGCUGUCUAAUCCUGUUGCGGGAUUGGUGAUUGGAGUUCUGGUGACCGUUAUGGUCCAGAGCUCCAGCACUUCUUCAUCCAUUGUGGUCAGCAUGGUGUCCUCCACACUGCUGACUGUUCGAUCAGCGAUUCCUAUCAUAAUGGGGGCAAACAUUGGCACAUCAGUUACAAACACGAUUGUGGCACUCAUGCAAGCUGGGGACAGGAAUGAAUUUAGAAGGGCCUUUGCUGGGGCAACAAUCCAUGAUUUCUUUAACUGGCUCGCUGUGUUUGCACUGUUGCCCAUUGAAGUUAUUUCUGGCUAUCUUUACCAUCUCACCAACGUUAUAGUUGAGUCCUUUCAUCUUGAAAGCGGUGAGGAUGCCCCUGAGCUACUAAAAGUUAUCACAGACCCCUUUACAAAGCUCAUCAUUGAGCUUGAUAAAUCAGUAAUAAAUGCAAUUGCUACAAACGAUGAAUCUGCAAAAAACAAAAGCCUGGUAAAGAUUUGGUGUGUAACUGAAACCAAUGUGACACUGCAGAAUGUCACAAUUCCACCUUCAGAAAACUGCACAUCUCCUGACCUUUGCUGGACUGAAGGAAAUUUGACAUGGACCCUCAAGAACAUAACUGAAACAGAAUAUAUCAGUAAAUGUCGGCAUCUCUUUGCAGACUCAGACCUGCCUGAUCUUGGCAUCGGUCUCAUCCUUCUGGCUUUGUCCCUGCUUGUUCUGUGCUCCUGUUUGGUGAUGAUCGUUAAGCUAUUAAACUCUGUGCUUAAAGGACAAGUGGCGAGUGUUAUCAAGAAGACAAUCAACACUGAUUUCCCAUUUCCUUUUACUUGGCUUGCUGGAUACCUGGCUAUGCUUGCAGGGGCUGGUAUGACCUUCGUUGUCCAAAGUAGUUCUGUUUUCACAUCUGCUAUUACACCCCUUGUUGGCAUUGGCGUUAUAAGCAUUGAGCGCUCUUAUCCCCUUACCUUAGGAGCUAACAUUGGCACAACCACAACAGCUAUUCUUGCAGCUUUAGCAAGUCCAGGGAGUACAUUAAAAUAUUCAUUACAGAUUGCCUUGUGCCACUUUUUCUUCAACGUCUCUGGGAUUAUUCUGUUUUAUCCACUACCUUUUACCCGGCUGCCAAUCCGCAUGUGCAAGACCUUGGGAAACAUAACAGCCAAGUACAGAUGGUUUGCUAUAUUUUAUCUUCUGGUCUGCUUCUUUCUUCUGCCUCUGUUUGUAUUUGGUCUGUCACUGGCAGGCUGGCCAGUCCUUUUGGGUGUUUGCCUUCCCCUGUUUGCUCUUUGUAUUGCUGUGAUUGUAAUUAAUGUUAUGCAGUCAAAGCGACCACAUUCACUGCCUGAGAAGCUCCAAAACUGGGAUUUCCUACCCAUCUGGAUGCACUCCCUAGAGCCCUGGGACAAUAUAAUUAUGUCUUCGCUCGCCUUUUGUGGGAAACACUGCUGCGGCUUCUGCAAGUGCUGCAAAGUCAAUGCGGAACAGGAGGGUGCCAAAGACAAGCAGCUAAAAACUAUGGAGGUUUAUGAAAACACCAUCGCAAUGGCUGAUGAAGAAAGAGGUGGAAGAAGGGCACCAGCUGUAGCUUGUGUUGAAAAAACAGGCACAAACAACACAGCCUUAUAGUAGCGGAUCAACCCAUAUUAGCGGAGAUACAGCAUAGGACAGUCAGGCUCUUGAAAACCACCUUGGACAAUGCACUGAGGACAGAGUGAACAUUUUGUUAGGUUCCUGCAGCCAGCGAUAUAUCACUCAUCAAGGAAUGGAGUCAAACAAGCUU